AUGGGUGCAGACGAGCUACAGGCAGAUAACCUUCAGACAUCGGGCAUCGAUCCAAACAAGACUGAUCAAAACAAAGGCAUUACCCUUACCGGCCGUGUCCAUGAUCUCUCUCCUAAUAAAGACGACGGCUCAAUUGCCCUUGUUCUCAGAAAGGAUGGCCAAUUCUUCAAAUGCAAGCUAAAUUCUACAGACUACGCUGACCCUGCCAUCUUUGCCACGGCCCAGUGCCUGACUCCUGAAUCGCUUGUCCGCAUCUCGUGCAGCCAAAUCGCGUCUGAAACGGCAAGCUCGGAGACCUUUACAAUUACGCAGGUAUCUUCGCUCACCGUGAUAUCGGAGGCAAAGGCCAAUCUAGCAGACGACCUGAAGCUGCAUGGAGCUCCUGGAGAAACUGUGCCUUCUCUGAACGAUCGACUUCUUCUAUUAGACAAAAGGCUUGACCACAGACUCUUGGACGCUCGAGUCGCAGCCACGGCAUCAAUCUUCAAGAUUUUCUCGGCGGUGCACCAUCUAGCCGUCAAGUAUCUAGCAGACCAGGACUUCCAUUACCUUCCGACGCCGGCAUUCGUGGGUUAUGAGUUCCCUGCCGAGGAGGAGGAUCACUUCUAUCUCGAUUAUCUCGGCAGACAAGCAAUGCUGGCACCAACCGGUGAGGUACAUCUAGGAAUGGCGCUCGCCGCAGAUCUUGAACGCGUAUACGACAUUCAUACCGUCUUUCGUCGGGAACCAAAGAGUGAUGGAAGACAUCUGACAGAGUUUACAAUGCUUGAGCUCGUGUUUGCGCUCAAGAAUGAUUGGACCGAGAUUCUUGAGCUUGCCGACAGUCUCUUGGUUUUCCUUUUGCGGUCCUUGCAAGAAGACGACAAGUAUGCCAGACAUACAGCGGCUGCACAAAGACUAUAUCCUGCCGCUGGGAGCUUCAAGCUAGGCUUGAACAAGAACGGGAAGCUGCCGCGCGUACGAUUUGACGAGGCUAAAGCUAUUCUCCGUGAUCAGCUUGGCAAGGUGGUUAACGUUGGAGAAGACCUUACGAGAGAAGAAGAGGCAUUUUUGGGAGGUCUCUUUGUAGGCGAUCAGUCGCCUCUGGACUCACCGACCGAUGUAUUCAUCAUAACCCAUUUCCCAAAGCAUCUUCGACCAUGCAAUGUCUCAUCGUUGGGUCGGGAUGAUGCGACGACGAAUUCUUUCGACAUCAUCCUCCGCGGACAAGAGAUUGUCACGGGAUGCCAAUUGCUUCACUCGUAUAAGGAAGUGAGAUCAGCCUUUACCAAUCGCGCACACCCCAUCGAUCCGGAUUGUCCCGGGUGGCGGCCAUACACUGAAGCGCACGAGAUUGGGAUGCCGCCAUGGGGCGGGUUCGGGCUUGGACUGAAUCGUCUUGUUCAGGGAUAUCUGGGUUUGGUCGACGUUCGCGAGACUGUUCUUUUCCCGCGUGAUGCAAGUAGACUGGCGCCGUGA